AAUGUACAAGGAAUUUUCGCUUUAAAACACGGAUUAAAAUUUAUGAUUGCCCUCCCUCUCUGCUCUCCUAAAUAAUAAACUGGCUAUGGCCCACAAUUUAUGCUACUAAGCUAAGCGAGGGAGUACCUAUUCCAAAAUGGCUACUUUAAUAAUAUAAUAUAGAGGGACCCAGUAGUGUGUGUUUAUAAGGGCCUAAGGUUUUUCAUGAUUCAAGGGAGAGUCUCUUCUCGUAAUAAUACUAUUUGCUAUACAUGAGCUCCAGUAUUCUGUAAUUAAAUUAUCUAAGUUGUCCAUCAAGUCUUUUUCUGAAAAUUUAAACUUAAAUUUGAUUAGACAAAAAUACAUAAUCAAUGAUUUUUAGGUCAAUAAACAAGAUAAUGUCCAAUAAAGCAAAUAAGUAACCCAAUAAAAAUAAAAUGUGAAUAUUUGCUUUUACAUAAAUAGGCGGAAAACAAUAAAAUAUAGUAAUUUGUUGAUUGUGGCCCUGUUUGGGUACCUCAUACCUACGAUUAGAACACGAUUAUUUGUCUUUUUGAAUUGUAUAUACAGCCCAUACUAGAAAAAAAACAGGUCCAUUUAUGGAAAACAAAGUAAUCGAACAUUAUACUAAUAUGUUUUUUUUUAAUCAGUUUCGGGAAGAAAAGAUAACAUACGGACACACAGACCUUAUACACACCUUCUUUCCUAAAAUUUCGCCAACGCAUUAUUUCUUUGUUUCAUUGUUAGUGUUAAUAGAUGAUUAUAAUUGCGAACGGACAGACACUUGCUUGUUUGUUUUUUAUAUUACAUGACUUCACGUUGGGUUACUUGAAGGGGUGGACAGAGGUAUAAUAAAUCCACCCCUUUUGUUGCCAUAAGUACGGUAUGAUGUAGUCGUUUCUAAGAACAAAAUACAUACUAUGUAACUAGAGGUCAACCAAUAAGCUUUGUUUUUUCUUGAAUUGCAAUUCCUUCCUUAUUAAGUCAUCGUUGUUUGUAUUGGAUUUUCCUCAUUCAAUAUGUUAUGGAAUUAUUAAUAAAAUGGUAGUAGUUUAAUGACGCGCGAACUGACAAAUAAUGCGUAAUGUUAUAGUGAAGUAACUUGAUAAAGUAAAAUUUGGAUAAAAACGAUUCGACCUUUCACGGCUGGGCGUCGGCAUGGCGAGCAUGAGUUCCACGCUCGUCGAGACCGUCUCCAUCAACUACGAGGACUUUAACGAGAGCUUCCUCACAUGCGGCACCUGUUUGUGCACGUAUGAUGGAGGCGAGCACACGCCGAAGCUUCUGCCGUGUUCGCACACAGUUUGCUUGCACUGUCUCACGCGGAUAGCUGCUUCGCAGACCAGAGAUGCGGGUAGUUUCAGAUGUCCAAUAUGCCGCGAGCUCAUCACCAUACCUCGCGGCGGGGUGCCAGCAUUACCACCAUCUUUCUUGGUCAACCAAUUGCUCGAUCUAAUGGCACGACAGCGUAGAGAAGUGAUACCCCAAUGCAGUUCACACCCCGGAAGAGAAUUGCUUUUUUGCGAGACGUGCGAUUGCGUGUUCUGUAGACAUUGCGCUGACGGACCGCACAGCGACACACCCUGCGAUCACACUGUAGUGCCGUUCUCGAUAGCAUUGAAAAGGAUGUCGGAAAUAUUAUUGUACAGAGCUAACGAGUGCCUAAGUAAGCUUGGAUCUGCGAGGGAAGCGGUCGCCAGCGAGCUGCGGAGACUCGAGGCGGCCGCCACAGCCGCUGACGAAGCUAUAGAUAGACAUUUCGCAGAAUUGAAGGCGGCGCUCGACGAACGACACAACGAACUGAAAUCAGCCGCCGCCGCCGCUGCCACUCACAAACGAAAACUACUUGAGGAGCAGUUGAAAUUGAUUGACGCUGAAAAAUCUAAAGUGGAAGCGGAAUGUUCUGGCCUGCAGCAGCAAGUGGAAGUGCGUGAGGUGAGUAGCCGCGCGGCGGCGCUGGGGGCCCGGCUGGGGGACGCGGCGGCGCUCGCGGAGCCGAGGGAGAACGCCUUCCUCGCAGUCGACUUCGCGCACAACGACGCGCAGCAGAGGUUCAGAGAUGCCCUCGCCGAGCUGGGCCGAGUGCGGACCAGUACCACCUUCCCGGGCUUGUGUACGUUGCAACUUGAAUCGGCAUGCGUGUGCGGUUUGGAAGUGGUGGUAGUGCUUCGCACAGUGGACUACCACGGCGAGGCGCGGUGCACGGGCGGGGACCCCGUCACCGCCGCCGCCACCAUAGACGACACGCCGCUGCCUUGCACCGUCACUGAUCUCGACUCUGGACUUUAUAGGAUCUCGAUGCGUCCGUGGAGCGCGGGGUCGCUGUGCGUGCGCGUGCUGGUGUUCUCGCGCGCGGUGCGCGACUCGCCGUGGCGCGCGCGCGUGUGCGGCGCGGGCGCGGCGCUGCGCGUGUGGGGCGCGCGCGGCACCGGCAAGGACCAGCUCAACCAGCCCGUCGCCGUCGCCAGAUGUCCCAAACGAAGAGAGAUCUAUGUUCUCGACGCUGGCAACUCCAGAGUGAAAGUGUUAGAUGACGAAACGUUUGCAUUUAAAACUCACAUUGUAAAUGAAGGUUUGGCGGGUCGGAGUUGUACAGGUUUAGCGGUGACUGCGGAAGGCGUUGUGGCGGUCAACUGGAGGACUCGCACACUAACCGAGGUGAACGGUUCGGGCGAGACGGUGCGUACGAUCCGCUCGGAGCGGCUCGUGGAGCCGGUGUGCGUGGCGGCCGACGUGGCCACGCGCCGCAUCGCCGUCGCGGACAACGGCGCCAGGGCCGUGUUCCUCUUCGACGCGCAAGGGAAUCUCGAGCGAGAGAUUGGUAACGGCGAUUUGGGUCUGGUCGGCGGUUUGGCGUUGUCAGAAGACUUGCUCAUUGUGGCGGAUGUGGCCGUGCGAGUGUACGACGCUGAAGGCAACUUUAAAACCACCAUGGCGCCUGUACCCAAAGGUCGAGGCGGGUACGGCGGCGUGGCCCUCGAGUACACGGAGCAGGGCUGCCGCAUAGUGUGCGCGCGCUCGGUCCGCGGCCGCCCCGCGCUGCUCGUGCUGGACGCGGGCGCGGGCGCGGGCGAGGCGCAGGCCGGCCGCGUGCUGGCCGCCUGCGAGCUCGCGGACAGGAAGCCGCGGCGCGUGGCCGGCAUCGCGCUGCUGCCCGACAAGAAGGUGCUGCUCGCCGACCUCGCGGGCGACUGUCUGCGUCUACACACUUACUGGUGAACGGUGCGCCUGCGCCGAUCCAACAUACAACUAUAUGGAGAAUGAUGAUACCACCGUGUUAAAGAGAAUAGUCCAGUAAGUGAACGACGGCCAGAUGGCACACGUUGAAAACGAAUUUCAUGCUAGUCGAAUACAGUAACGGAGAAUCGAAUCGUUGGCCAUACUCACGGACUGCCAGUGGGACGUAGUACUUGCACCAAAGUUUAGCCGACCCGCGACGGUCGCUAAGUUACACUAACUAGGAAUAUUCUUAGUACUUACAGUAUUUAUUUUGUAUUAAGUUGUUUAAGCUUAGUUUUUCUUUUUUGGAAUUAGUUUUUGUCGAUAUUCGGCAUCGAUUAUAUGAUUAGACAACAUUCGUGACUGAUUUUUAUAGGUUUUUUUUUUUAAUGUUUUGUUUACACAUCCCCAGCUUAUUUUGGAACUCGUGUAAGCCAUAAUAGCCUUUUACGUAGCACAUAAUAUUUAGGCUUAGGAGACUAGGGACCCCACGUAUACACAAGUGUUGAGGUACACAUGACUUGUGUUUAUAUUGUUAAAUCUCGGACUAAGACUGACAUUUCAACGUGUCUGUUGGUGUGCUGUGAACACGUCUUGUCUGAGUGAAUUUCGAAUUUUCCUCACUAAAAUAUAUUAUGAUUGGCGAUAUUUCUCGAUUUUACUAGUCGUUUUUAAAUUGCAUUUAUAUUGGAUCUUUUAUACGGGAUCUAAAUCACUAUUCGACAUUGCGUCUCGCGUAGUAAUAAGACAACGACAAUAUUUAAAUGAACUAUUUAAAUCAUCAUUGUUGACAACACAGCAUAUUUUUGUACGAAACGUUAUUUCGCGACAAUAAAACGCUUCGCAAUAAUAUCGAUAUGAAGAUUGCCUACGUUGGUAGUUAUUAAUAAAUCUUUCUGAACUAUAGCCUUAGAUAUCAUCUGCAGUACACAUUUUAUUGAGCAACAUAUUAUUUAAUCUGGUCACAAAUAAACGCCUACUCACAGUUUGCUCAAUAAAAACAUAAACACCAUAUCAUAAAUGAUCGCUUCCAUUUUGCUAGUUAGAUAUUUUAAAAAACUUAAAGAAUUAUGACUGAUCGGGUACAAGCACACAUUAUGUUUUCGUUUUAUAUAAAAGAAAUAUCAACGUAUUGUUAAUCUAUAGAAGGAAUCAAGUGCUAAUAUUAUCAUAUAGUUUCAUGUUUUACAUACAUAUCUGUAUUGAAUUGUAUGAAUAAUGUUAGAAUUUUUAUUAGUGUUAAUGUCGCUUGACUUUGUUGUGCGUUUGUGUAUGUUUUGUGGACGUCGUUCAUACUUGAAUCUCAGUGAGCGUUUAAUGGUUUUCAUUAGGAUUGUUACAUAUACAGCUUUAUAAUAAUUUAAGAAACGUUCAUUAGUUUUAAAUGAAGCACCAACAGUAAAUAGUUCACGUACAUUCAAUAACAUAUCUAUAUAUCGACGGGUGAAAAGCUAAUUGACUUAAGCGACUUUUUUUUCCGAAAAAUUUUAACUAGGUUAAAAGGACAUAGAAAAAAGAGCUGAUUUUAAAUAUGUAUGAAACUCCGUGUCGCAACAAAAUGUCGCUUAAGACAAUUAGCCUUACAACCGUCGAUAUAAUCUUUUAUUUCCUACAUUCAAUAUUUAUAAACAUAUUCAAUUUCACAGAAUAUGUAAAACUUAUAUAUGUGUGAUUUAUUUCAUCAUUAAAAAUAUAUGACAAAUCAUAUGAUAACAAUAGUUAAAAUUUUACCAACAUUUUUCGCGACGUUCGGCAAAUUAUUUUAAGUGAUUAACUACAUUGGUGCAUAAAAUUGGUUCCUAUCAUACCUUUGCCGGUUUCUAAACUUGCUCGCUAUUCACAAAAUGCCUUGAGCAUUCAUUGUUUUUUGACCUUAAUGUCCUGAAACUAUAAACACAUAUUACAAGUUCACAAAAACAAAUGGAUUACAUUCGAAUGUGUACGCGUGAGGCUGGUAUUUGUUUUUGAGUAGGUUAAGUAAUGUUUAAUUUUAAUUACAGAUGGUAAAAGUGUACUGAGUCUUUGUAGAGUUCUAGUCUGGGGUGAUGAACUUUACUAAUAUCCAAGUAUGAUUAAACUACUGCGCAAAUAUUUGACAGAAGUUAUGAAAAUCAACUUUUUGUCCUUAUUUAUGAAUCGUGUACCACAAAUAACAUGUCAUAUGACUAAGCCUGCAAAAACUAUGCGGGGGCGCAAGAUGUGAAGAUUAUUUUGUUUAGUUUUGAUAAUUGGGGCUACCAUCCAUUCCUUUCAAAAUGAAUAUUUUAGCCCUAGUUGGAAACUAAGGGUAUUCAGAAAAUGCGAGUCCAUGACAGAUUUAUAAGCAUAUUUUCAUUUUUUGAAGUAGCAACUUCUAAAUCUCAAUUAAAAAUGUGGAAAUUGGAUAUUUACUGAAUCAACAAUAUUUGGAGAUUUCUAUCUCAGGAAUACUGUUAAUUUUAUAGUUGGUAGCCCGAUGUUAUGAACAAAUCAUUCAUCGAUCAAAUAGCAAUUCAUACUUGGUUUCGUUUACUUAAUGUUAUAUGAAGUUCCUUUGUCUUGAUCUGUCCAUUGCUAUUAAAAUAAAUAUCAAUCAGCUUUAGUUAAAUUUAUGUGUCAUUUGGGUACUCAAUCUCGUCCUGACGAUGGAUAUGAUAUCUCGAGCAUUACGAAAGUUAAUAAUUAUUAAAAAAAAGUCAAUUACUUUGUUCGUCAUUCGACAUGAGAAUAAUUAAUUACAUGCAAAAUGUUGAUGAGUUGCGUGAACAACAUAUGGAGGCCAAAAAUGCGGCAGACAAUCAUUUAUUGCAUCAUUACAAUUGUUACCUACGUUUUUUUGUCACCUUGAAUAGCAAGAGAACUACUUGGUUAUUGUUUUGUACUGAAAACCUUGUUGAGCGUGAUUGUACUGUUGUAUGUGUAAAUAGGCCGAAUUUGUUUGUCACAAAAUUUCACGCACCACUGCCCAUAAUGUUCGGUGCAUUUAUAUUUACCUCUCACGUAUCGGUUCAAUGUAGACAAUUACGCCAGUAAUGUCGGUCACAACAUAAAUUGGUACAAAAAUAGCAAUUAAUGCAUAUUAAGAUAUAUUCUCGGCGUUAGAUGUUCAAUUUAGUAAUAAAUUAUUUAAAACACCGAUAAUGGAUAUAGCUGACAAGUGAAAUAUGUAAAUCUAUUUUGGCAAUAAAUCAUAUAUUUUCAGAAUAUAAGGAGAGAGUAAUUAUGGAAUUGAUUUGAGAAACUCGUUUAACGUACGCAUAAUGCUGAAAUGUAUUUAUUUAUCAAAAGCUGUGAAACUGUACUUAAAUUAUGUAUAAUCACAGAGUAUCUCAGUGUAUUGACGAUAACGUCACUUUUGUGAGGAACACAAUAAAGUUAACGUUCAAUGCA